AUGUUAAUGAUGGAACGAGAACAACAAAGUGCAGCGGUUAUUCCUGAUAAUUACACAUACCGUUUUGUAUUAAAGGCAUGUGCUUACUUGUUCUCUCUUUCUGAAGGGAAACAGGUGAAUGCUCAUGUAUUGAAACUUGGGUUUGAAUCGGAUACUCAUAUUUGUAACAGUUUGAUUCAUUUUUAUGCAACUUGUGGGUUUCUAGACUUGGCACACAAGGUGUUCGAGAAAAUGUCCGAGAGAAGUGAGGUUUCAUGGAACAUCAUGAUUGACUCUUAUGCAAGUGCUGGUGAGUAUGACACUGCAUUGAGAAUGUUCUGUGAGAUGCAGAGGAUUCAUGAUCCUGACGGUUACACCAUGCAAAGUGUGAUUAGUUCCUGUACUGGAUUGGGUGCUUUGUCUUUGGGUUUGUGGGCUCAUGCCUAUAUCUUGAAAAGCAGUGACAAGAACAUGAUUGAUGAUGUUUUGGUUAACACUAGCUUGUGUGAUUCCUUUAAGAUAUUAUAUGACAAGCGAUAUAAUCUCUUCCAUUAUCCAGUCUCAGACGAAGAUGCUCCUAACUAUCACUCAAUUAUCCAGAACCCGAUGGACACGGUAACCAUGUUACAGCGUGUUGAUAAUGGCUGGCAUAUUACACGUUCUGCAUUCCUGCAGGACAUUGAUCUUAUUGUUUCCAUUGCAAAGUUAAAUUUCUUGCCACUUUCUCAUAUAACUCAAGCUGUUUCAUGA